UAGAUUUUCAAUGAGUAGCAUAUAUAUAUCCGCUGCAUAUGGAGCUCCUGAUGAUGAUGAUGAUGAUGACACGCUGUUAUCGUUGUUAUAUUUAAACCGAGACGGUAAUUUAGAAGUGUGACAUCACGAGGAACAGUGCGCGAGCCUCUAUGACACGUUCAGUAGUUGGUAAGUGAGACCAGUAGGGGGUCGGAUCGCUUUCCCCUGAUCUCCAGCCUCCAGCUCAAGUUCGGUCUCAGUGCUGCAUGAACGCGCGGCGAGAGAGGGAGGAGGACACUUCCCUCUCCAGCAUCAAACGCGAGGGAUGCGCUUCAUCGCCUUAGGGGACUGGAUGGAUGGAGCGACAGGGUCAUGAAGGUGACCACAACCUCUGGGUUGGAUUUAGGGGGCCGUUACCGCAGAAGGAGCCUAUCCAUAAUUAAUAAGAGCGAGUCGGAGAUCCUAGAAGCGAAGCGCAACCACCGGCGAGUCAUGUCACCAACUGACAGCGCUUCCAGAGGAGCUGACGAGGAGGACAAAGGAGGAUGAAGGAGGCAGAGGAGGAUUAUAAUGAAGCUGAGUGGCAAAGGACUGUGCACCAUCGUCUCCAGCAGUCUGCUCUUCGUGUGUGCCGUGAGCACCGUGGUCGUGGGAUUCAAAUGCAUCGCGCUGGGCUCCAGGGUGCGAGCGCACUUCCACCUGGGCACCGCGGCCGGCGCGUUCUACUCGGGCAUCCUGGUGGCGCUCGGGCAGGUGCUGAUGGGGGUGGCGCUGGUCUUUUGCCGGGGCAAGCCCAGGUGUGCGAAUUUCUUCCUCUUUGGGAUCUUAGUGUUUCUUCUGGGGGUCCUCACGGCGUUCUCGGGCGCGGUGGUGGAUGGCGACACGGUGUCCCUGGUGGAGAGGAAGUACGCGCACUAUUGCCUGGACUCUGUGGAUGUAAACCCGGCGUGCGACGGGCUCAAGGUGUACCAGCGGGGGCUGGUGGUCUCCACCGUACUUAACACUCUGGAGUGCCUCCUGGGGCUGAUGAACCUGGUUAUCAUUAAGCGCUACCAAGCGGAGCGGAUUCUCCGGAGACGCCGGACGCAGCGGCGGAGCGCGCGGAUUAUCCUCAACGAGGAGCGCGACUUCGCGGUCACGGAGUUCCAGCCGGUGUCCUACAUCAACCUGGGGGUGUUUCACGCGCUGGACGAGGCGGACGGGGAGGUGCAAAGCAGGGGCCACCCGUGCAUGGAGCUCCCGGGCUAUUCGCCCACCAAUCCGGAGCUUAAUCACUCGUACCCGUUCUCUUACCCGCUUCACAUCGAGUUGCCACCCGCCUACGAGGACAUAUUCCCCGGAGAAGAGAGCAGCAAAUAGCAAAGGAGCCGUUUUGCAGUGACAAUCACGCUGAACUUGGAAUUGACGCGUUUAUUUCGAGUUGCCUAAUGCACUUUUUAUUCGCUGGAGGUUAUACACUCGAAACCCUACAGUUGUGCAUAUAAACUACAAAACGAACAGGAUUAUGUGCAACAUUUGUUUUUUUUGACCCUCCUGACUGACUGAUUGUAUUCUCGGUUCAUCCCAUGUCAAAAUCCCAAAGGUUUGUGUACAGGAUUCCCAUUGGAAUUUUUGUCAUAUAGUUUGGAGUCUGUCCUAAAGGAUCCUGAUUUUCUUACAGUAUUCCAGCAGGGCACAAAACUAACAGAAGUUACCAACUGAGCAAAAAAAGAACAUGUGAGAAGGUAAACGUAAUAGAAGUAUGCAUUAUUAUUUCAGUUUUUCUGAUUGAUUGUGUUCCCAGUUCAUCUCUAGUCAAAAAGGUUUAUCUACAGGAUUCUUAUGGAAUUUUUUUUUGUUGUUGUUAUAAUCGGACCCGUUAUACAGUAUUCCAGCAGGGCACAAAAUGAAAAGAAGUUACUUACAUAUGAGAAGGUAAAUGUUCUGGAAGUAUGCAUUAUUUACAUGCAACAAUUGAUUUUUGUAGACCUAAUCAAUAGAUUGUGUUUCAAUUCGCCCCUAAUCAAAGUCCUAAAGCUUGUGUGUGUAUAGUAGUAUUAGUAUUCCAACAGAAAACAAAACAAAAACAAGUUCCCAGUUGGACUAUUACGAUUACCAACAGGAUCAAAUGUCCCUGAAAGGCCUGAAAUGAGACGUCUCAUGAUUUGUUUAGAAUCUCUUCAUCUCUGAUGUUUCACACAAAAAGCCAUUGCUGUUGGUGACAUUAAAAUGACAGGCAUUACCCAUCAGAGAGAACAUUUCUGCUGGCCAGGAUAUGAUUGUUUCUGCAUCGUGUUGUUCCAGAGUAAUAGGAGAACAUGUUCAGUCAGGUUCUGGAGUUGUAUGGUUCUCCUCUAGUCUAGUUUAUUCAUCGAAGGUUAACGCUUAAAACCUUGCCGGCGAUGAAGUAAAGAGUGAAAUAAUUAUUAUUUAAAUGUUUUUUAUGACCAUCAUGACUGAGUCUGUUAUAUUAUUCACUGUAAAAAAAGAAUUGUUGGUUUAACUUAAAAAAAGUAAGUUACCUGCUUCACUGAAAUUAAAAAUUUGAGUUAAUACAAUAAAGGUGAUUGAUUUAAUCAACAGAAACUCAAAAUAUUAUGUUAUCUGAAGUUGAUUUCACAAAAGAAAAAAUUUUGAAAUAAUAAAUCAUGAAAAUAAUUGUAUUGGAAUGUCUGUUAUUUGACAUUAUUCCAAUAGAACACAAAACACAUAUACUUUCCCAAUAGAAUGCAAUCCACAAUAGAAAUAAUAUUCAAUUUUAUUCUGUAUUAUUAUUAUUAUUAAUAAUAUUAUGCCAACAGAUUAAAAUGAUCAUGACAUCAAAGAACACACAUCACUGUCCAGUAGUUAUUUUACUAUCACUGUUUUAAUAUUUUUGAACCAAUUUUUAUUUUUUAUAUUUUCUGUUUUCACUUUAAUUUUAGUUAAUGUUUUAGUAAUUUUGUUGUACAAAUAUGUCUAUAGUUUUAAAUCAUUUUUAUUUUAGUGUUAGUUAUUUUAGUACAUCACGUUAAACUAGAGGAAAAUUUAAAAUGUUGCAUUGGCAACUAGUUGAACUAAAUUAAGUUCAUUUUAUAUCAGUUAAAGUUUAUUUCAUUUCAAGUGAUGUUUUUUGAAACACUUUUCAUGUGCAUUCAUAAAGUACAUUAUAAUGCAUUAUAUCUUUUCAUAAGUAAAUGUAACCAAAGGUAAAUGCAUUAUAAUAUUUGCAGAUUCCUUGUUUUAAUGCUUUCUAAAGGUGUGACAAUGAAGAGAAUAUUUAUAAUCUAUUAUGGUUGCAAUUAUUCAUUAGAUCAUUGGAUGCAAUAUAAUUUGCAUCACUAAUAAUGCAUUAAAAUAUAAUGCAUUAUAAAGGCUUACCAUGCUUUUAGUUAACUCUAAUAACCCUGCUGUCCAGUAGCAAGAAAUCCAAUCAAAUCCAAGAAGCAAACAAAACAGAAAAUUGCUUUUCAGACUUUUAGGAUUGGCACUAAAUUAUGACUGAAAUUUCAUUGGGAAUCCUGCCUUUUUUGACUAGGGAUGCCCGUGUAGUUUCUCUGUGGCUCUAUUGUUUUCCCUCAUAUUGCUUACGUUCAGCUUCUGAAUAAAAGGUGUAUUUACUCUC